AUGCCACCGAGUCGAGCUCGCGACACAAAGGAACGGCGCUGCCCCUGGUGUUCUCGAUCCUUUGCCAAAGAAGACCACCUUUCUCGACACAUAAGAUCCCACACCAGGGAGAAGCCAUUUACUUGUUCCGUAUGUAACAAAGCGUUUAGUCGCCAUGAUUCUCUUUUACGACAUGCACGUAAUCAUGGGGAUACCGACUGUUCGCAGUCCAGUCAAGGAAAGGAGACAUCUACAUAUCCUGGAUCUGAGGAGAUUGAGUCCACAGUGACCAGUUUGCAUGGCGCCAACGUUUCGAACUCACUGCACACAUCUGUGUUAUUGAAUGCUUCAACUGAAUCAUCAAGCGAUCGACUAGAUGUACCUCUGUUGGCAUUAUCCUCAUACACUGGACCAAAUGUGUAUUCUGCGACAACAGAGACCAACGCUGAUGACUUGAUGACCGAAAAGGCACAGGCGGCGACUUAUACAUAUACCUCUGUUGACGGGGUAGAUAAAGCCCUUGAUGAGCAGAGCUACGACUGGACACUGGACUUAGCAGCGCAGGUGCCCACUUGGUUGGUUACAGAUGAUUUUGAUCUCGAGGCGCUCAAUGCUUCUAUUAAUGCUUCGGCCAACCCGCCCGAGUUGCCGCUCACAACUCUUGCUCCUACAGGUAACCAGCAGACGUGUGAUGCAUUACCAUCCACGGAGCGAUUCGAAGACCUAGUCUGUCGUCGCUGGUUCACAUACUUCGAGACACCAAACACAGGCCAUGUUACUCCCGACCGAUCGGAGUCAGCGUAUGUGGAUGAGCGAUACCGGCAGAGACUGACCGAGAAUCUACAAUAUCGGGUUCCAACGGACCCGCUGCCAUCAACAGACUUUCUGAACAUGUGCAUCCAAAUGUAUUUUGCCAGAUUUAAUCCGAUUUUUCCGGUCGUGCACGCCCCGACUUUCCGCCCAUCGACUCAGACUUCCUUGCUGUUGCUGUCAAUCUGCUCCAUUGGGAGUCUUUUUCUGGGCUCAAGGCAGGGCGCUUCUCAUGGUACCAAGAUGUUUGAGAUACUCAACAAGGCGACACUUGCAUCAUGGGAGAAAUAUAUGACGAAACAAAGGUCCGAAAUUCGAUCAAUGACCCAGUCAUCCUUGAUUGGUCAGAUAUUUGCGUAUCUCACUGGACGACCUAGAGAUCUCUUGCUGGUUCAGACAUUCCAUGGCACGAUAAUCACGUGGGCCAGAAGGAAUAGUAUGUUUCGCAGUCGCCAGACCGAUAAGAUCGAGUCGGAGGAAAUAGCACGCGACCCGGAACGGGCAUGGAUGUCUUGGGUUGCACGAGAAGAGCAAAGCAGGCUCGUUGCGGGCCUGUCCAUUUUGGAUAGCGAAUUCGCAGAAAUCUUCCUCACGGAGCCGUUCAUGCGACGCCGGUCAUUGAUGUCCUCGAUCUCCGACAACGAACUGUGGACGGCCACAACAGCAGAAGACUGGCUUCGCAUUCUGCAGAGUUCCAGGAGCAAUAAGCCAAACAAGUUCAGGGAUUAUAUUGAACUAGAGCAGAUUGCGGCAUCUAUCCAGGAUGCUCGGACAUGUGAUAACUGGGUAUCCGCGGCGCCACCACUGCAGGCUGCUCUUGAGGAGUUUCACAAUCGUAAUCUCCGGAGCGCUGCGUCGGACGGGCCCGAUAUCCUCUGUCUGGAGGCCUUGUGGCAUGCCACUUUCUUAGCCUGGCUGGUGGACUUUGAUCGUCUGGAACUUGUAGUUGGUCGUGAGGGAUACCAGGAGUCACAAGCGGAAAUGCCUUUUGUGCGGGAAUGGGCGGAUUCACAGGACGGCUGCCGGUGUGCUCUCCAUGCAGCCUUGAUCCUUCGCUCCUUGGAGAGCCUACCUAUAGGGAAUGAGCCACCAAUACAUGCGCCGCGGGUUUUGUAUCGAGCUACAUUAGUUUGGUACUGCUAUCUCGAGUUUAGUGCGACAUCGGAUCAAAGGGCUGCUGCUCAGGCCCUCGACUUCCCCGAACUCAAACAUGCAGGCAUCGAUUGCGAAAGGCUACUUGCGGAGAUGAAUGAUUUUAGGCCAACGCGACCCAAGCCCCUGCAGUCCAGCAUAUUGUGUCGGUGUGUCGAUUUGCUGAGACACCUUGGACACUGGGGACUUGGGAGACAACUGGCUGCUAUGUGGGAUGCAAUCUUGUACGAACUGCCACCACGCUGAUUCUGGCCGACUUUUACCUGGUAACGCCAUGAUCAUCACUGAAAAUAUCCUAUUAGUGCUUGGGCCACCGAUAACACCAAUCAUGUUGUCGUUCCAGUUGUGCUUUAUUAAGCUGCACUCACGCCAUACCUUCUGCAUGUGAAGGCGCAGGCUUCAAUGGACUCUACUAGAGUAUCGUUAUUUGACGGCCCGUACGACUGUCGAAGACCUGUGAAAGGAAAUACAGACUGCUGUACAGCAGGACCCACCGGAAUUGGUGUUGCCGAUCUUGCAAAGAAAGCGCCACCCAAUCUGGACCAGGCUGACCGACAUCCGGCAUCGUUCGACCUCCGUCCAGGCCCGAGCUGUGGCUUGGCG